CACGCAGUAAAAGCAGUUUCUACUCUCCUCUCUACCAGCAGCAAUGGCGAAGACUCCCUCCAAGAAGGCCGCAAAGACGGUUGCCAAGUCCGGCAAGGGCAAGGGCAAGAAGCGUGUUGAGUCGUACUCGACCUACAUCUACAAGGUGCUGCGUCAGGUGCACCCUGACACGGGUAUCAGCAAGCGCGGCAUGUCGAUCAUGAAUUCGUUCAUCAAUGACAUUUUCGAGCGCAUCGCUUCGGAGGCCGGCAAGCUGUCCCGCUACAACAAGAAGUCCACGCUUUCCAGCCGUGAGAUCCAGACUGCCGUGCGCCUCAUGCUCCCUGGUGAGCUUGCCAAGCACGCCGUGUCGGAGGGCACGAAGGCUGUGACCAAGUUCACGUCGGCUUAAGUGUCAACUUACCAAAGUCGCCCUACUGUCACACAAGCUGCGGCUUUGGGUUGACUUUCUUUCUAUCUUGGUGUUUUUUAACACCACCCUUUGCUCGAGAAA